UUCUGACAAUGACUGCAGAUGCAGAUUGUAGCUAGAACAACACCGUGGCCGGAGCUGCUGCAUUAUUGGUACCUCGUUCAUGCCGGCAACCCGUCUCACGCCUACCAAGACCCUGGUCCCGUUGUCGCAACCUACUAUCUCCCUCAUUCGAAUCUUCCCUGCGAGGUGGGCGUGCACGCCGCUAUCUCCCUCCUUCCAUCUCAGUCGAUGUCUCUCCCAUCCCGUCAUUACAUUCUACAACAACACAACCAGUGAACAGGACCACAAGCCAAUUGUCAGGACAAAUAGUGUCGGGAAUUCGAAUCCAAUCAUCCCGCUACCGACUCAGGCUCCUUUGUUGCCUCGACCAUCAUAUCUGAGUCUACAGGUUGUCCCCACCACCACGCAAGCGCUGAUCUCUUUGAUCUAUCUUGUUGGCCGUUUUGUCCAUCCGUCCCCUGCGUACACCUCACGCCCACGUACGUACCAUCAGAUUCACACCAGGCGUGACCUUCACUUAUCGGCGCCACGGAACGAAAAGCAAACGUUCAGCAUCCCAUCGCAACGCCCAGGGCGGGCCCCUCAUCAAGUAGCAACCUCGCUGGGCAUAUCAAGAUCCACGAUACUUGCUGCACCCCUUCCUCCCUAUCAUACCUCUCCUUCUCACGACAUCCAGGUCCACCGCCAGAUUAGGCUUGUGCCAGAUUGCACCAGAUUGUGUCAGAUUGUGCCAGAAUUCCGUCGACAAGAGGGACCAGCUAGCCAGCCCCCACCGCUUCACAGGUCACCCUUUAUCGCCGGUUCCUGGAUCAUCCUCUCCCCCCUGGCUGCCUUGUUUUGACCCCUUCGGGCACAUCCCAGCCGUUAGGACCUGUCGACCAAUCCACAGGCGUCCUACCAGCGAUCCUGUCCCCGGCUGGUGAUAUACAUACCGCAUACGGAGCCGCUCGAAAGCCCAACGGCUCCUCUUGACUUCCGUCAUCAACCCACACUGAACCUCCCGUCUCCCCACAGUUUCCACUUGUUUCCCAAAGUACCGAGAGACCCCUGACUCUUUCCCAUCAAGUUGGAGUGUGAAUGUCCAACAUCCUUUUUGUUUAUCUACCAUU